AUGAAGGAAGUGGAUUGUGUUCAGCAGCGAAACGCAGACAGUCUGCAGACUGGAGGGCAGCAGCUGCAGCAGCAGGAUGAUGAUGCUUUAAACCAACCUGACUCCUCUGAGACAGAAGUCAGUAAUAAUGACGAUGAAGAUUGGCAGGAACCUUUGUCAGAUUAUGCACCUGAAACUGAAGACAGUGAUAACAGCUGGAAGGAGAGCAGUGCACUCGGGAGUGAAGUUUGUGGUGGAAAAUGUAGCCAGUCUGAAAAUCUAAAGGGACACAGGAGAGAUCAUACAGGACAGAAGGCAUUUUGUUGUGGCGUUUGUGGUAAAAGAUUCACCCGACAAGGGGAUCUAAAGAGACACCUGAGGGUCCACACGGGAGAGAAGCCAUUUGAUUGCAGUUUUUGUGGCAAAAGAUUUAAACAGCAGGGGGUUCUUAAGAGUCAUAUGAGAAUUCACACUGGAGAAAAGCCCUUUGCUUGCGAUGUUUGCGGGAAAAGAUUUAUCCAUCAGUCAAAUCUCAAGUCACACACCAGGGUUCACACGGGAGAGAAACCAUUUAGUUGUAGCAUUUGUGGUAAACAUUUUACAGAACAGGGGAGUUUGAAGAGGCACAGAGGAAUCCACACAGGACAGAAGCCCUUUGGAUGUGGCAUUUGUGGGAAAACAUUUAGCCGGAAGACACAUUUUAAUAUACACAUGACCGUCCACACGGGAGAAAAACCAUUUGACUGUGGAUUUUGUGGUAAAAAGUUUAGCCAGAAGACACACUUUAAGAUCCACAUCAGAGUCCACACUGGAGAGAAGCCCUUCAGUUGUGAUGCCUGUGGAAAAAAAUUUAGACUUCAGUACAACCUUAAAAGACACAUGAGAGUCCACUCGGGAGAAAAACCAUUUGGCUGUGAUGUUUGCGGUGAAAGAUUUACAGAGCAGGGGAGUCUUAAACGGCACAGCGGAGUUCACACAGGAGAGAAACCAUUUUGCUGUGACGACUGCGGUAAAACAUUCAGUCGAAAUACGCAUCUUAAGAGACACAUGCGGGUCCACACGGGAGAGAGGCCUUUUGGUUGUGACAUUUGUGGUGAAAAAUUUACCGAGCAGGGGGUUCUGAAGAGCCACAGGAGAGUUCACACGGGAGAGAAGCCAUUCGGGUGUGACGUUUGUGGGAAGAGAUUUAGACAUCAGUAUACACUUAAAAGACACACGGGUGUUCACACAGGGGAGAAACCGUUCUCCUGUGGUGUUUGUGGCGAAAGAUUUACGAGACAGGGGAAUCUAAAGAGACACAUGCGUAUCCACACGUAAUAAUCUGCACUUCCAUGCUUGUAAAAUCAGCAACUGUAUCAGUAAGAAGUACGUGAUUUCAUUGUAUUUGUAAACUUUUUUUAUGUGUGUAUUUUAAAGUUUAUAAUAAAAAAAGAACGUACCCAGGAUGGUGGGU